AUGUCGAUAACCACCGUAUCAAAACCGACCCCACCACCCCGGCCCAGCCGACCCGACGCCAACCAAACGCCGCUCACGCCCACCUCUCCACGGCUCCCCGGCGGCUGGCCGACAACACACACCUUUCCACUCCCACACCCGCCUCACCCCAAGUCCCCGCCUCCAUCUCCACCCGUCAGUGCAGGCUUGAGCGAGAGUCUUCCUUUCGCCAUGACGCGGAUGCUUCUCGAAAGCGGCGUUGUCGAGGCCGCUGCGGUAAGAGGUGGAGAUCCGCCCAACUCGCCCGCCACGCCAGGAACGUGGCGAAGCGGCGGAAAGUGGAGGGGAGCGACUGGUGAGCAGCAGCAGAAGAAGAGGACAAGAUACUGGCGGGGCAGGAGCAAGCGGGCCAGCGUCAGCAGCAGCGAGAACAGCCUCGAAGAUGGCCCGUACGUGGGCCGGCCGCGGGCGUUGACGCAGCCCACACAGCUGGGCAUGAGCUACCAACAGCGACCACUACCGCGCGUAUGCGAGCGCCGAUGCAGCAGCCCGACGGGCCCGCGCCGCCCACGUGUAACCGAGACGCAGGGUUGGAGCAGCAGCAGCGACAGCGAGGCUUCUGACGAUGACGUUUCCACGUACAAUCCUCCUCGUCGAACAUUGAGGGUGCGGAGGGGAUCCGAUACGAGGCCGGCAACCGUGCUGCGGUUGGAGGGCGUCGGUGCGGUCGUCAUCGAGGAGGCACCGCGACGGGCAAUCAGUGCGAAAGCCGGCGGAGGUGUCAGGCUUGUGGAUGCGCGCAGCCCUGGCGAGUGGAGCACUCCUGUCAUUGUCAAGGACGGAGAGAUGAAUGUCGUGGAAGCCGAGGCCGUCGAGUUCCAGCAAGAGGCGACGUUGGGCGAGCCAGGUCCAGGACUCUCAGGCAAUGAGAGAGUCAUGAAGACAUUGAGAUCGAAGAGGAUGGAGGCUUUGCGAACGGGCAGGUUGUCACCCGGCGGUGCUCUGGAUUUCGAAGAGAGGCCGCUGCCGUCGACACCGAUGAGCAUGCAACCGACGCCUAGAGAGCUGUAUCCUGCAAGCGAUGGCUCUGUUUCAACUUCGCCGUCUCUCUCAUCGUCGCCGGCUCUGACGCCUCCUGCAACAACAUCUCUGCCGUUGAGGUUUCCCAUGCCUCCGUCCCACAUCCCUGGGCGGCCGCCUCUUCAGCCACUGCCCGAAACUCCCGAUAUCGUUGACGACAACACCACCGACGAUAUGGGCGCAUCGGCAUAUCCUCUGACACCGAUCGCUACCGACCUGAGUUCGCUGUCCGUCAUUGCUGGACUCGGAGAUGACUCUCCAUCCGCACACCGGAAGACCCGCUCUGAUUCUCGUCCAUCGAGGUCAAGCAACAGCAGCCGUGCAGGAACAUACGACGACGCAUCUCGAUCCAGCAGUGUGUCAACCACGAGCAUCCGCUUGCGCAGCGGGUCGGUGGUGACAGUCAUCCCGCCAGAGCAGACAGCAUGGCAACGGACUGCUUAUGUUGCGGGCCCGAUCAGACUGAACAACUUCAGCAAUCUGGCUAGCAGCAGCGACGCAUCCCUUCCGGGUCUGUCGAGGAAACGUGGCAAGGCGGGUAGCGUCGCUUCUCUUGAUGCGUUCCAGGACGCGAUUGAGAGCCUCCUGGAGAACCCUGCGACCCAGGGUCGGCGCGCCAGUGAUGAGAACGCGCUUGAAGAGCUGGUCGAGUACUUUGAGGAUUUCGGCUUCAGUCCAGCGGGUGGCGAGGGGGAGUCGUUGGACUGUUACUGGUCAUCGGAGCUCAACGGGGACGCCAAGAGCCGCGGCAACCAUGGCAGCUUCGGCACUGGCUGGCUGAGCCCCCCACCCGAGAAGCCGGUGCCUGUCGUGCCCGUACACUUCCCAACGGAGUACUCCUUGACCGCCAAGAGAAUGAGAGCAAUGAACGGCAGCAUGGGUGCUGUGGAGGUCAUUGAGAUGCAGGAUGGAGACAGCGGGAGUUUGAAGAGAACUCCGAGUUUGUUAAGCAGAGCAAGUCGGACUAGCGGCGAGAGGAGGAGUCGUUUGGCCGGACCUAGUGGCCAAAAGACCAAGCUGAGGAGGCUGAUGAUGAGUGCAGGGGGGAUUCUGUGA